AUGUUGGGCCAUGUUUUACAUUUCCAUCAUAUAAUGAUCAGAUAUGUAAUUUUCUCCUCUUUUUUUAUGUUCAUAAUACAUUAUCAUUGUUUUAUUACUUGUUUCAAUAUAAACCAUAUCACUAACAACAAUAUUUUGCUCACUCCAACAAAUACAUGUUUACUUAAAAAGGGAAGGAAAAAUGAAUAUCUUAACUUUUAUUGUAAUGGAAUGGGUCAAGUAAAAAAACAUGGAUAUGCACUGAGAAAAAAUGCUGUAUUUUUUAGUGAUAUAAGAAAUAAAGAAAUAGAAGAAAACAAUAUAUCAUAUAUAGAUAAAAAUGUAAAGUGUAAAAUAGGCUUAGAAGUACAUAUACAGCUAAGUACAAAAUAUAAAGCUUUCUGUAAUUGUUUCAAUAUAUCAUCAUUGUAUGGAGAAAAAACAUAUGAAAAAAAUCACAAUGAUUUAAUAGCAUUUAUAAGAGAAAAUAUAUGGAAGGAAAAAAGGGAUCAAGUGAAUAAUGAACAAUUACCAAAUGAUGAAGUACAUAAUGAACAAGUGCAUAAUGAUCAAGUGAAUAAUGAACAAUUACCAAAUGAUCAAGUAUAUAAUGAUCAAGUGAAUAAUGAACAAUUACCAAAUGAUCAAGUAUAUAAUGAUCAAGUAUAUAAUGAUCAAGUAUAUAAUGAUAAAGUGCAUAAUGAACAAGUACAUUAUGAUAAAGUACCAAAUAAACAAAAAAAUAUACUUCAAUCCAUUUUUAAAAACCAAACUGGAAUGAACAAGGAUCUAAUAAAUAACAAUACAUCAAACGAUAUUGUUAUAAAGAAAUAUCAUAAUAAUGAAAAUAUGGAACCCAAUAAAUAUAUAUGUAAUACUUGUAUAGGAGAAGUAGGGUCUCUAAAUACAUUAAACAGUACAGCUGUUUUAUUCGCAUAUUUAAUAUCGACUAUUUUUAAUUGUAACUUAAAUAAUAAUAUCUCCUUCGAUAGAAAAAUUUAUAAUUAUUAUGACCUCCCCAAAGGUUACCAGAUUACACAAAAAGAUAACCCUAUUGGAUAUGAUGGGUAUAUAUUUUUGAAUGAAAAAAAAUAUGAUAUAAAAAGUGUACACCUUGAAGAAGAUACCAGUAAGUGUUACUUACAUUUCUGUCAAAAAAAUGAAGAAGGUAAAAAUUUCAAUGAUAAGCAUAUUAAUUCUGAUCGUCAUAAAAACAUAGAGAAUCAUGAUAAUGAUACCAUACAUGAUAUAAAUACUAAUCAUAAUAAAAUACAAAAUUUUAAUAUACAUUCAGAAAUAAUUAAUAAUGAACAUUAUGUCACAAAUAAUAACAACCAGAUACAUAUAAAACCACAUAAAAUAUUACUAGACUAUAACAGAUGUGGUGUACCUCUAGUUGAAAUCGUUGUAGAAAAAGCUUACAUGAAUAGCGAAGAAUGCAUAAAUUUGCUUAAAGAAAUAAAAAAUAAAGUAUGCUUGUUAGGUGUAUGUGUAGGUAAUAAAGAAAACAUACGUUCAGAUAUUAACAUAUCUUUUGAAUAUGGAAAUAUUAAGAAUGACCGCAUGGAAAUUAAAAAUAUUAACAGCUUUACAAAAAUAAGGAAUUAUAUAGAAACAGAAAGGAAAAAUUUUAUAAAUUAUAUUAGGAAAAAUAUCAUAAAUAAUGAUAUUAGAAGUGAUCAUAUACACAAUACACAGAAUAUAAAUACCGAUUGUACUAAUAAUAACAUCUAUACGAAAAGCUAUAUAGAUAAUACACAUUUUAUUCUAAGGAAAAAAGAAUCAUAUAAUUAUGUUAAAGAAGCAAAUAUACCUAAAUAUCGAAUAAAUGAUAAUAUUUUGAAAUUAUUAAAAUUUUAUGUUAAUUAUAAAAUAAAAAUUUAUCAAGAUGAAAAAAAAUAUAAUUGGUCAAAACAUUAUUUUCAUGUUUUUUUUAAUGAUCCAUUUUUAUAUAAUUAUUUUAAUGAAUGCUUAAAAUAUGAACAAGAAAAAUAUGUAUCAAAUUUUUUAGUUAAUAUUCUAUUAGAUAUUCUAAAAAAAAAAAAUAUUCUAUCCAAACAAAUAUUAAUUAAACCUAAAGAUUUAUGUUUCCUUAUUAAUUAUGCACAUACAAAUAAUAUAGAUAAUACAUUCUUAAAAUCAUUUAUUUUCCAAUUUAUAGACAAAGAAUUUAAAAGACAAGAUUUCUACGAACAACUCAAACAUAUAAAUCAAAAUGAUAUUGAACAUAUAUUAAUUGAAUUAAUUAAACAAAAUAAACAUUAUUUAAAAUAUGAUCAAAAUAAAAUAUCUAUCAUUAAUCAACAAAAUUUUAAAAACAGAAUUAUCGGAUUAUUAAAAAAUAAACUCAAUGCACAUACGUCGAAUGUACUUAUAAAUUAUAAACACGUGAAUGAUUUUAUAUUGAAUUAUAUAAAUAAAGAUGUCUUAUAA